UUGCCUACUCAAGAAACGUUAGUGAUAACUAAAUCAGAUGACGGCGGGACAGCGUCAGACGCUUCGUCCACUGUGGUGACGACGGAGGAGCCUAAUGCGCCCAUCAAAUUAACGGAAAUGAAGGUUCGGUCCGAAAUCACUAUGCGGUACGCGCAUACUGCGAUCGUGACCCACGUCAACAACCCCGCUAAGCGGUCACAAGAAGCCACCUUCAGAGUACUGCUGCCAGAAACCGCUUUCAUCAGCGGAUUUGUUAUGAUUUUAGAUGGAAAACCAUAUAAAGCGUACGUGAAAGAGAAAGAAGAAGCUAAAAACAUUUAUAAUCAAGCCGUCUCGCAAGGUUUCGGAGCCGCUCAUGUUGCUGCCAAGGCUCGCGAUUCGAAUAUAUUCACAGUUUCGGUAAACGUAGAACCAAACUCAGAAGCAGUGUUUAAUCUGACGUACGAGGAACUAUUGACCCGCCGCAAUGGUGUAUACAACCACGCCGUGAAUUUGCACCCUGGUGCCCUGGUACCUAAGCUGACCGUCACCGUUCACAUCAAGGAGACGCAGAAAAUAACUGUACUGAGGGUGCCGGAGGUUCGCACUGGCAACGAAAUUGAUGCUACCGAGGAAGAUGCUCAGAAUCCGAAUGCAGUAAUUGAGCGAGAUGCUAAAAACCGUGAGGCCACUAUAACAUUCACACCAGAUCUUGAGGAACAGAAGAGAUUGAUACAAAUUUAUAAAGAAAAGUCAAGAGAACACUAUGUGGAUAGAUAUCGAUUCGAUGAUCAAAACCAAACACCUCAAGAUGGAGUGUUGGGACAGUUCGUGGUGCAAUAUGAUGUUGACCAUUCCAAAAGCAGCGACAUCUUGGUAAAUGACGGAUAUUUCGUCCACUUCUUUGCUCCAACCUCCUUACCACCGUUGAGCAAACAUGUUGUGUUCGUUUUGGACACAUCGGGUUCUAUGAGCGGUCGCAAAAUGGAUCAACUAAAAGAAGCAAUGCAAACAAUUCUCAGCAACUUAAACAAAGGGGAUGUCUUCAAUAUAGUACAGUUUGAAUCCUCAGUCCAGGUCCUUGAUAUAACAUCAGCGUCUGAAUCGACUCAGCCUGUAGAACAUGAGAAUUACUUCUAUCGUGAGACUUCAUUCGAUAUACCGCCUUUGCUGCCACCUGUUGAAGCUACGCCAGAGAAUAUAGCUAAAGCCAAGUUUUUGGUAUCAAAAUUAACGGCCAGUGGCGGAACAAACAUCGGUACUGCUCUAGAUGUAGCGAUCGCACUCAUUCAAAGGAUCCCGAAAGCAACUAACUCUGCUAUUGAUAUUACUACACCGAAAAAGGAAGAAACACAAGUCACCUCCAAUGACACUAAAGUGUUAGAAACUCAAGAUUCUGUUAAGUCUGAAGUAGCUACAGUUAAGGAAACACAGAAUGAAGAUAAAGAUGAUGAGAAGGAGCCGAUUAUUAUCUUUCUUACUGACGGAGAGCCGACCGUAGGUGAAGGAAAUCCGUCGAAAAUCAUCCGAGUGGUCGCUGAAAAGAAUUACGGAAAACGCAAAGCUUCAAUUUUCUCGCUAGCUUUUGGUGAAGAUGCCGACCGAUCUUUUCUACGCAAGUUAUCUCUGAAGAACGACGGCUUCAUGAGGCACAUUUACGAAGCGUCCGACGCUUCGCUACAGUUGAGAGACUUUUACAGACAGAUUUCUUCUCCGCUCCUUGCCGACGUUAAAUUCGUUUACCCGCCUGAGCAGGUGAAAGAAGGUUCACUCACGAAGCACAAGUUCCGUAGAUUCUACGCAGGCUCUGAGACCAUAGUCGCAGGUCGUGUCGCAGAAAACAUUGAUGAACUGGCGCCUCAUAUAUACGGCGUUUGUGGAGUUGGCUUAGACGACGUCGGCAGAAAGCGUUACGACAUAACCACGAAUACGCCAGUGUCGCGCGACCGCGACAAUUAUCUACCUCUAGAGCGGCUGUGGGCCUACCUCACCAUCCAGCAGCUACUCGACGAGCGCCACAUCACCGACCUCAGCGACGACGACGAAAAAAGUCCUGCCAAGAAGGCCCUCGCUCUUGCUCUGAAGUACGAGUUCGUGACGCCGCUGACGUCGCUGGUGGUGGUGAAACCUAACGCUACGAGUGCUGUGGAUGCGGAAUCUGUAGAUAAAGAGGCAGACACUCCAUCCUAUUCAGGUUUCGCUCCCAUACAACGACCUAUCGCCGCUCAAUCGGGCGCGUUCAGUGGUGUGCCAGGAUACCCCGGAAGCUCAUAUCCAAUAGCGCUCAGUGGUCUUCCUGCACCACCAACAGCACUUUACGCUGCUUACGAAGAGGCCGAUCUUGAAGAAGAUUAUGAUAUGCCGCAAGCAGUUUAUUCGCAUAAAGCCGCAAGCUAUUUCAUGGGGUCAACUGGAACGUAUAAGCUCCUAUCAAGUAGUAGCAAAAAUAUGCUGCCGCAAUCAUUUUAUUUAUAUCCAGCCGUUGGUAUAACAGCUUUUACUAGCACGCCUGCGCCGCGGUCUACAACCUUAAGCCCUCUUGAAGCAUAUCAUUUGAGCAGUUACCAAUGGGCGGUAUCUUUGUUGAACAGCUCCUCUGACUGUAUCAUACUACAAGCCAACGGGACCCAAGUAAACCUGAAGCUUACGAAAGAUUCUGCUGCUCCUAAGGUUGAAGGCGGCGACACCGAAUGCCCAAGUGCAACUGACAACUCGGCAGGCCUUUGCGUGUACCUGACGCGAUGUGAGGCGGCCCGAAGCAUCACCGUUGACGUCUACAGUCGCGCCUACUGCGUAGUCAGCGAUGGUUACGCUGGUGUUUGUUGUCCAAAAAGCGAAGUAGACAAGACGCACUGA